UGUUCUUUCCUGUAGCCCUUUAAACGCUGAGCCUCCAAAAUAAAACACCAGUUCCCAGAAUGCAUUAGGCGAUGCUUCAGCGCAGAACAAAAGUGGAAACAAAAGACAUCUAUUUCUCAAACAAAUACUAUAAACUCCACUCAACACCACCUCCAAGUCGGCCAGCAGCUGACUGACAGCUUCAACAUUCAACACCACAGCUUUGAGGGAUCCGAAAUGGCUUUGAAAAGAAUACAGAAGGAGCUAAAAGAUCUGCAGAGGGAUCCCCCCGCACAGUGCUCUGCAGGACCAGUAGGAGAGGACUUGUUUCAUUGGCAAGCCACAAUCAUGGGACCGUCGGACAGUCCGUAUCAAGGAGGUGUGUUCUUCCUGACUAUCCACUUCCCAACGGACUAUCCCUUUAAACCACCAAAGAUUGCCUUCACAACAAAGAUCUACCACCCGAACAUCAACAGCAACGGUAGCAUAUGUCUGGACAUUUUAAGGUCUCAGUGGUCACCUGCACUAACCGUAUCAAAAGUUUUGUUGUCCAUAUGCUCUUUGCUCUGCGACCCCAAUCCGGAUGACCCUCUGGUCCCAGACAUCGCACACAUCUACAAAUCAGACAAACCUAGGUACAACAAAUUAGCAAGAGAAUGGACUCAAAAGUAUGCAGUGUAAACUACUGUGAAGUCUUAGCGCCAAUGGAAAGAAUUAUGACACACUUCUUGCUGGACAAAUUCCAAAAUGGAUGUCCAAAAUAUCCACACUGGUUGUAAAAAAAAAAGGGGGUUUUCAUUAGAAGCACUUUCUCUUUCUGGAAAUAACUGGUUUUAUUCUUGAAUUUUAUUAUUUUCUUUGUUUGCUAUUAUGAUUAUUAUGAUAAUAAUACUUAUUAUUGAUGAAACUGCAAAAAAUAUUGUUUUUAUUUUCAGAGAGUUAUAAUGUAUGGUGUCAAACUAUACAAAUCUAUUUUUAUUAUUUUGCAUUAAAAAUUAAAGCCCAAUGUGCAUUA